GGACAAGGGCUGCUGCGGCCUUCUCCCUGCGGGCGGCGGCGACAGGGUCGCUGAGAGGAUGCCCGCAGCUAGUGGGACCUCGCGCCUGGAGGGUGACUGGGGGCGGCGCGCGGACCGGGAGCUGGCCUGUCAGGCGGGAGUCGGGCAAGUGCGGUGGCGGAAGUGCGAGGACGCGGUCGGAGCCGAUCGGUCUAGGAAGCCGCGGCCGCGGGGUUACCAACCUCGGAGCAGCUGCUUAGCCUUAGCCAGACCGCAGCGACUAAGGCUCGGGCGUCGACAAGAUGCCUCUCUUCACCGCCAACCCUUUCGAUCAAGACGUGGAAAAAGCCACAAAUGAGUAUAACACGACGGAAGAUUGGAGCCUUAUUAUGGACAUAUGUGAUAAAGUUGGAAGCACUCCUAAUGGAGCAAAAGAUUGCCUAAAAGCCAUAAUGAAACGGGUAAAUCAUAAGGUUCCUCAUGUUGCUCUGCAAGCGUUAACUCUUCUUGGGGCUUGUGUGGCAAACUGUGGAAAGAUAUUUCAUUUAGAAGUAUGUUCCCGUGAUUUUGCAACAGAAGUACGUGCUGUGAUAAAAAAUAAGGCUCAUCCUAAAGUAUGUGAAAAACUGAAAUCUUUAAUGGUGGAGUGGUCAGAAGAAUUUCAGAAGGAUCCUCAGUUUAGUCUAAUAUCUGCAACUAUUAAAUCUAUGAAAGAAGAAGGAAUUACUUUUCCUUCAGCAGGUUCUCAGACUGUCUCAGUGGCUGCCAAGAAUGGUAUGUCAUCAAACAAAAACAAAGAAGAUGAAGACAUAGCUAAAGCUAUUGAAUUAUCGUUGCAAGAGCAGAAGCAGCAGCACACGGAAACAAAAUCCUUAUAUCCAUCUACAGAAGUUCAACUAAAUAAUAAAGUUGCAAGGAAAGUGAGAGCUUUAUAUGAUUUUGAAGCCGUUGAGGACAAUGAACUCACCUUUAAACAUGGUGAAAUUAUUAUUGUUUUGGAUGACAGUGAUGCCAAUUGGUGGAAAGGAGAAAAUCACAGAGGAAUAGGACUCUUCCCAUCUAAUUUUGUAACAACUAAUUUAAACAUAGAGUCUGAGGCAGCAGCUGUGGACAAAUUGAAUGUAAUUGAGGAGGAGGAGGAGGAAAUUAAGAAAUCAGAGCCUGAGCCUGUUUAUAUAGAUGAGGAUAAGAUGGAUAGAGCCCUGCAGGUACUCCAGAGUAUAGAUCCAACCGAUUCAAAACCAGACUCCCAAGACCUCUUGGACUUAGAAGAUAUCUGCCAGCAGAUGGGUCCAAUGAUAGAUGAAAAACUUGAAGAGAUUGAUAGGAAGCAUUCUGAGUUGUCUGAAUUGAAUGUGAAAGUCUUAGAAGCUCUGGAACUAUAUAACAAAUUAGUGAAUGAAGCACCAGUAUAUUCAGUCUACUCAAAGCUCCAUCCUCCAGCACAUUACCCACCUGCAGCAGCUGGGGUUCCAAUGCAGGCAUACCCAAUUCAACCACAUGGUGGAAAUUACAUGGGCCAAAGCAUUCACCAAGUCCCAGGUGCCCAAAGCUACAGCCUUGGGCCAGAUCAGAUGGGGCCACUGAGAUCUCUGCCUCCAAAUGUGAAUUCCUCAGUGACAACACAGCCUGCUCAAGCUCCGUAUCUAAGCACUGGACAAGAGACUGUUUCCAAUCCUACUUAUAUGAACCAGAACUCUAACCUUCAAUCAGCUCCUGGUACAGCUGCUUACACACAGCAGAUGGGGAUGUCUGUGGAUAUGUCAUCUUACCAGAACACUACUACCAAUCUGCCGCAACUGGCAGGCUUUCCAGUGGCAGUUCCAGCUCAUUCAGUUGCACAGCAGCAAACAAAUUACCAUCAGCAGCCUCUCCUUUAGAAACAAACCAAACACUUUCUUGAAAGCCUUCAUAAGUGUAUUACUCGACCUUAAUGAUUCUAAUCUGAAAAUAGUAAAGGAAAAAUUUUUUUUUCUGAACUCAUAAGGACCAUGAAUAAAUAAAGCACAAAAACUUACCUUACUUUAUUUGGCCAUUAAAAGGGUUUGGUUUUUUUUCAGUCCAAUUUGUUUGAAGUCAAACUUUUGAACAGAGGCAGCAUUAAGUUGCUUCCAGUUAAUUUUGUCUUAGUUUCAAAUUUCUUUACACAAAUAUGCACACCCAGUAAGUAGCCUUAUGACACUAAACAGCAUGAGAUAUGAGUGUUAAAAUUUUACUGUAAGAACACCCGCUCUUUACCCCUAAAAUGUCACAUUAAUUGGGAGAGCACUGAAACCUUUAAAUAUUGUUGGUCUAUGUUAUUUUCACUUUCCCACACACCAUUAUUUUAAAAGGCAAACAUCUUUUUUGUGCAAGCAUUUAGCUUGCCAACAUAUUUCUUUUUGGCUCCUUAAAUUGCAGUUGUGUUUGCAGUACUGUCAGUUUUGCUGUCAGUGUUAUGGUUGAGUAAUAAUUAGCAUAUAAUUGUCUACAGAAGCAGGAGCAACUUGGAAGGAACAAAAAUGUUUUCUGUUAUUAAUAGUGAAGACCAUGUAAAUGCAGAUGUGUGUUAAAGCAUUUAGCUAGUCCCCCAGUCCUGCCAGCAGUGGGCUAAGCAGUGCCCCACAAAACAUUUCCCUUCCCUGAAGAACAUUUCUUUCCCUACAAGGGUCCCUUGUAUUUAUAGAAUUGCCACUGUACUGAUCUUGUCAAAUGACUUUGGUUAUUCUGUCAUGAAGAUACAGUCCAUUUGUUUUCCUUCCUUCAGUGUGGUGUGCAGAGAUGCUUCAUUUCCUUUUUACGGAUUAUAUGUGAAUUUGAGCCAUGACACAUUCCUAAUAAUUUGAUGUGAUGGAUGCCAAGUGUGGAUGAUAAGUGUGUUUUUAUUGAUAUGUUGUUUCUUUAAAAAGGUGAUUUGAGUACCAUUGCUAUGCCAAGCUGUUGAAAAGUUUGGUCAUUCCUUUCAGAAGUAAUUCUGAGCCUGUGGAGUAACAGACAAUGGAUUGAUAACAAAGCUGUCCAGACACUUUUUCAGAAGCCUACGUUUUAAAUUAGUUUAUAAUGCUAAUCCAUUCCACAUACUGUAGGAGUUAGUAAAACAAUAGGGAUUGUUUUUUUGCCUAAAAAUUUGCACACUACUGCAUCAUCUACCAGUUUUUUAGAUAAAAAAAUAGAAAAUGCAAAUGCAUGUUUACAGACACAUGAUAUUUGGACUGGGGAAAAAAUGGACAUAAGUUUAGUUUUUAAAAAGUUAACUGUAUGGAAACAAGGUUUCUAUAUUUUUUGUUUUGUUUUGUUUUUUAAGCUGA